AUGUCGGAUAUGAUGGAUCAAAAGGUUUUUGACAAAGCGACCGCGGACGAUGUUGCUCUCGAGCAGCUUGGUUACCAACAAGGUCUGUGUUGUUCAGAUAUGACAGUUAUACCACAGCUCCUGACUUCGCUCCAGNAGCUCAAGCGGACAUUUAACCUGGUCAGCAUGAUUGGAUUCUGCUUCUCAAUCGUCUCUAGCUGGACAGCAUUGUCUGGUGUACUCAUAAUUGGAGCAGAAAGUGGUGGACCUCCAGUCAUGAUCUGGUCAUGGGUUGGGGUCUGUGUCUUUACCAUGACCGUCGCUUUGUCUAUGGCCGAGAUGUGCUCAGCUUAUCCUCUGGCUGGUGGCCAGUACUCAUGGGCUGCCAUCUUAGCACCACGGAGCUGGUCUAAAAGUCUAUCCUACGUCUGUGGAUGGUUCAUGUGUAUCGGCAUCAUCGCGAUGGGUGCUGUAGUCAAUUUCAUCGCUUCUGGAUUCAUCCUUGCCAUGGCUGCUCUCAACAACCCAGAGUAUGAGAUUACCCGCUGGCACUCGACGUUGGUAGCCUAUGCAAUUGCCAUCGCUGCUCUUUCGCUCAACGUCUUGUGUCCGCAGAUGCUGCACAAAAUGAGCAACUUCUUCCUCAUCUGGAACAUGGGGUCCUUUCUCAUCAUAUUCAUCACCAUACUAGCCACAAACGACCACAAGCAAACCCCAAGCUUUGUCUUCUCAGAGUUCCAGAACUUUACGGGUUUCAACAAGCCGUACGCUGCCGUACUGGGUCUGCUACAGUCGGCCUUUGGCAUGUGCUGCUAUGAUGCGCCUUCACACAUGACAGAAGAGAUCAACGACGCCAGAAAUGUUGCUCCCAAAGCAAUCGUCCUUUCUGUCUCCCUUGGUGCCGUCACUGGAUUUGCCUUCUUGAUCGCGGCAUGCUUCUGCAUGGGUUCAAUCGACGGUGUGGCCGAGAGCGCCACAGGCGACCCAAUCGUUCAGAUCUUCUACGACUCGACCCAGUCUGUUGCCGGGGCUUCCUGUCUGACCUUCUUGAUGGUUAUGAUACAAUUCUUCUCGGCAAUCUCGCUACUCGCAGAAGGUGGUCGUGCAGUCGUAANNUAUGCGUUCGCCAGAGACCGCGGUCUCCCCUUCUCCAACGUACUCAGCAAAGUGCAUAUAAAGAAACAAGUGCCAGUCUACGGCAUUCUCCUCACCUUUGUAGUGCAAAUUGCUCUGAACUCAAUCUACUUUGGAACAGUGACAGGUUUUAACACCGUCGUAUCGAUCGCCACCGAAGGCUUCUACGUCUCCUACGCCAUCCCAAUCUUCCUCCGCGUCAUCGCUCCACUCACAAACUCACAAGCAGCGACCAAAUUCGAAGGCCCUUGGAAUCUUGGACGCUGGAGUAUGCCAAUCAACAUCAUGGCAUUGGUAUACCUGCUCUUCACAUCCAUCACAUUCAAUUUUCCCACUCUCAAGCCAGUGGACUCGGAGAACAUGAACUAUACUUCUGCAGCUGUGGGCGUAGUCAUGCUUGUUGCGUUGAUCACAUGGUUUACGACAGCAAAAGGACAAUUCAGAAGCCCUGGUGUCAGUGAAGAUGUGGUCAUUACUAGUGCGCCACAUGUAGAGAUCGAAGAAGAGACCGAAGUUGUAGGGAACGAGAAGGCUGGCAAAACUGUAUAUUGA